GGGCCAUGUUGCAUUUGAACAUGAACAUUGAACUUUUCCGGACAGUUGCUAUCAGCAUGCAGGCGAAGUCAUUUUUAAAUUAUUUAGCUGAAUGAAAGGUGUUACCAAACUUACCAUUACUAAUACUAGGCAUUAGCGUAGAGUUGGAUUUGCUAGGCUGACUAGCUUGCAAACAUAAUGUCCUGUACUUGUCUUGAUGAGUUGAUCCGUUCCAAUCAGAAUCAGAUCCGCUAUGCCGGUUGCUGGAACAUCCGUGUGGGUGCACAUCCAGCGCAUUUGUCGAUUUGCGUGCUUCUCUUGUGCAUGACUGUACUGACAGUAUACUAGUACUAGCCUUGUUGGGACUAUUUUCCCGCGGAGUUUCCCUCAUCAAAUAAACGGGUAGAUGUUUGGGGGAUUCCCCCUUGGGAAGGCAUACGGGUACCCCCCGUCGAAUGACUAUGUAGCAUGUCGCGAUCGAAGUAGCUCUGGCCGCCAAACCACUGCAUGCAUGCACUGCUUCACGUCAUCAGGUCAUGGCCUCCAGUCUUUCAGAUCAGCACAGUCAAAUCACUUUUAUUUCCGCUAAAACGAAAAAAUGGGCUCGCUGAAACAGUAGAGCUAGAGAUAAAACCCAAAGAUGGAGAGGCAAGUGCUAGAUACUGAUGGUGCGUUUGCAUGAAGGUGUGCUCUCCGCCUAGCGCCUUGUCCUUUCACUUAUAAUUAUAUGGUGGCACACUGAUGAAGAUUAGUGUUUCUUCUGCAGCAAGUAGUGGGACCAUUGAAGCUGAUUCCGUGGUUCCGAUCGUCAUUUUCUUGCCGUGUGCAGAGUCUCCCGGCUCACCGACGGAUGUCCGGCCCGACCUUUCUGCUCUAUGUAAAAUCUAUCAUUGGCAUUGGCGUGCUAUAUUGCCUAUACUGGCUACAGCCUGUAUCGUACUAGUAGUAGUACUCACUAGAAACCCCGUUCAACCGUUGUCGCAAAUCUGGAGAAGGACCCCACUGGCCCACUGUUUCUUAGCUGUUACAAUGGCCGAAAACUGUGUCGUGAGCGUUGUGAACGAUGGAGCGGCAUAUGCUUCAGCUGAUCAGAUUCCUGAUGACCUAUUUGACUUUGUCGAAGCGGAUGGUGAACCUGUCAUCGUUAUCACCGUGGGCAUCUACAUGUCUGUGACGAAGGGCAAUAAAGUGAUGCUCUUCAGGAUAGUCACGGAUGCUGAUCGCCCUAUUGAAAGUGUUAACGUGAUGGGGGAGGCGUACGACAUCAAUCAGAACUGGCAGAUCCAUAGCAGCCAGUACAAGCUGAAUACCAGGCCUCGACGUAUAAUCAUUGAGCAGACCGGGUUAACGCUGUGGACAGAAGAUGGCAUUCGCCGCACUAGGGACCUUGAUGUGGUGGCUAUGCCACGAGUGAUCGAGGUCCCUGAUCCGUUUGAAGGAGAUACAUUCGUGGAAACCAUCUGUGAACUCGGAGCAGGUGAAGUGAUGGAAUUACUCACUGACCAAAAGCUCUCAAUCACGUUUGUCGGUGCUGAUGGCCAGCAGCGUCUUGCUCAUCAAGCGGAAAUUUAUAAACCCGUCAUUGCUGAAGAAGUAUCGGUGGAGAACUCGGAAUUGGUUCUGGCAAGCAAUGGGACCAAAUCGUCUUCAUCCGCAAAGAAAGAAGAUGAGGUGGCUAGUGAACGGCACGAUGAAAAUGGAUAGGCUAAGCUGAAUGAUGUGUGGCAAAUCCCAUGCCUCCUUACCCCGCGGGGUGCAUAUGGAGCAAAGGCUACAGAAGACGGAGCGGAAGUUGCCGAAGAUAGCGAGGACAAUGCAGGAGAAGACACCGCUCGGAUCAGACGGGGCUAUGGAAGGAUAGUGAAGCAGGUAGACACCCUAACAGAAGAAGUAGAGAUCACAGUGCUGCUGUAGAUCAUGGCGAGCAUGCGUUCUACAGGAGGAAGAACAUGAACGGCUCAAGAUAGUACUUCAGUAUUAUUUUUCUCAAGGUGUAGACUGAGAAUGGAAGAGCGGAUCAGCAAUAUCAGUGUGUUCAAUAGACUGUCAGUGUCAAUCAAAUGGACAUAUCAUUACACAGUGCUUGAGCUACUCAGAUAAUUUAUAUGUUAUAAUCUGGCAACCGAGGCUCUCAAGAUAAGAAACCACAUUAUAAUCCUACGAAAUAAUAUGGUGAUAACUGUUCAGUUAUUACCAAUCCGAGCGCCUAGAAUGGAUUAGAACAAAAUCACAGCCCGUGUGUAGUAUCGCAGCCUAUACAUGCUGUUCACGGACUCAGAAGAGACUUAUGCUGUUCACGGACUCAGAAGAGACUUAUGCUGUUCACGGACUCAGAAGAGACUUAUGCUGUUCACGGACUCAGAAGAGACUAGCGCAACAGUAUUCCUGAACUGAAUCAAUCUAGAAAUGAAGCAGCUUGUACACUGGGUAAUGAACCAUGUGUGUGUUAUUGAAGGAUAUUUUGCUAUGACUGUCUAAAGUGUCUAUUCACACGAGUCAUGCAGAGAGAAUACUCUCCCAGGCCGUGUAGACAGCGUAUCUAUUGGCAUUCAUCACCACCUUUAACCACCUUCUGCCUGAAUGCUAUUUAUUUCUAACGCCUUAUUUAUAUGGAGUGGUAGAGUCUGCUAUAGUUAUUUAUAGCGUUUCGUAUCUAACGCCUUAUUUAUGGCAUGGAUCUCUGCAUCCAAUAGAGGCAUGCAAUAUUGUUGGCCCAGUUCACUUGGUAUAUUUACUGAUUUGACCACCGUGACUAUAUGGGUCGGCAGCACAGUGAUCCAAUGUCAUCGUUUUGCUGCGAAAGAUUGCGGCAGGCUGCUGUGUACGCUGGAUCUGAGUGACCAUGAUGUGAUGCUCCAUCAGGGUGCGCCUGUAAGAUACUGUCAAGUCCCUGUCAGACUCUGAACAGCCCCUUAGCCAUUGUUCACCCCAGAAAUCAGAAUAUGAAAUCUAUUUAUCCAAGCAGGCCUUCACCAGAA